GCCGCGAGAGGGUGUGUUGCUCUUUUAUUUUUUUUAUUGAUUUAAAAAAAAAAUGACGAAGUGCCUAAGAACGGAAUAGUGUUAGUGUUCUUUGUGAUAGUACCAUUGAGUUCAAUAGUAUUAAUAGCCUUAUCUACGCAUUAAAUCGAUCAUAAUUAUUAGUGUUAAAACUGUGCUAAGACGAACCGUUGUGAGUUUGGUGUAUGAGAAAGAGAGUAGAGAAAACAGAAGUUCAAAAAUCGUGCAGAAGAAAUAAACUCAACCCGAAAUUGCUAGCGCGUUUUAGUUGACAUUAAAGCUGAGAUUGGGUUUUUCGGACCCGUGUGUUCAGACGCAGGUGGUAGGACCUGACACAGGGAUGGUUAUGGCCAGCGGUGGUGGCGGGAUGGUGCAAUCCCCGCCAGACAUGCUGCACCAUCACAACAUCAUGGACACCUCCUCCCAUGUGGAGAUGAUGCCGAAAAAGCUCCGACUCUCCCUGUGCGUGGGCUGCGGUGGACAGAUCCACGACCAGUACAUCCUGAGGGUAGCACCGGACCUGGAGUGGCACGCCGCUUGCCUCAAGUGCCAAGAGUGCAGGCAAUUCCUGGAUGAAUCCUGUACCUGCUUCGUGAGAGAUGGCAAGACAUAUUGCAAACGGGAUUAUACCAGAUUGUUCGGCACAAAAUGCGAUAAGUGCGGCGCUUCGUUCAGCAAAAACGACUUCGUGAUGCGCGCCAAAACGAAAAUCUACCACAUCGACUGCUUCCGGUGCUGCGCGUGCGCACGACAAUUAAUACCUGGCGACGAAUUCGCGUUACGAGAAGGCGGCGCUCUCUACUGUAGGGAAGAUCACGAUGUACUCGAAAAGAGCGCGAACACAAGCGGCAGCAGCAACAGCAACACGGAGAGCAACAACAACACAACAUUGAGCAACAACAACUCGCACUUGCCGCACGAGCUUGGAUCUAUGAGCGACUCGGGGAGCGAGUCGGGCUCGCACAAGAGUGGGAGAGCGCGGGCCGGCGCCGCCGCCGACGGGAAGCCCACUCGAGUGAGGACCGUGCUCAAUGAGAAACAGCUGCACACACUCAGAACAUGCUACGCAGCCAACCCUCGACCUGACGCGCUGAUGAAGGAACAGCUAGUGGAGAUGACGGGCCUCAGCCCGAGGGUCAUAAGGGUCUGGUUCCAGAACAAGCGCUGCAAGGACAAGAAGAAGACGAUGCAGCUGAAGAUGCAGAUGCAGCAGGAGAAGCAGGAGGGUCGCCGCCUCGGCUACAUGUCCAUGGGCGUGCCGCUCGUCGCCGGCUCGCCCGUGCGCCACGAGCCCGCGCCCGCCGCCGCCGGACUCGCGCUCGAGGUGACCGCGUACCAGCCGCCCUGGAAGGCGCUGUCGGACUUCGCGCUGCACGCCGACCUCGACCGCGCGCCGCACCACAGCGCCGCCUUCCAGCACCUCGUCAACCAGAUGCACGGCUACGACGUACCCUCCCUCCCCCCGCCGCGGCCCCACGCGGAAGACAACUACGUCACAUACCUCGAGAGCGACGACAGCCUCCCACCCUCCCCCUAGUGCCGCCUGACUUAACCCCCUCCCAA